AAAACUGACGCAUGGCAAGUGUGUAGUGUACCCACAUCAUACGAUUGUAUAUCAAUGAGAAAAAGAACGGUGGCAAAUAAAUUUUGCGGAAUCUGUGAAUGUGUUUAAUACGUGUUUUGUAAAUAUGCAUGGCAUUCUAUAGUUGCCAUUUAUACGUUCAACGAAUUAUAUUUUAAGUUACCUUGCGAAAAUUAUCUUGGAGGCAUGACAUUCUAAGAUAAAGAAAAUACAGUGGUGAAAUGAAUGAUUUUUAAAAUGAUAUAGAAUGUUAUGUUAUUCUAUUUAACAUUGUGCAUAUGUGACAUGAAAUACCAUACAUUUUAAUGACAUACAAGUUUGGAUAGUGAUCUGGUAAACUCUGACUCAAAACAUAGAAUACUAAGUAAACAUGGAGGAGAAGCAUGGUUCAAGUGUAUUGGAAGACGAAGAACUAGAAGAAUCUGAAAAUAUAAUAAUAAAUGAAGUGGAUGGAUUACCAAAUGUGCAUCCUAAUUACCAGCAGCUAGAAUUAGAAUUUGAUGUAGGAAAAGGUCAUAGCGAUACAAAUGCAAGAUCUAUAGAAGACUUAGUACACGAUGAAGAUUUACCAACAUCUGUUAUUGUAACCAAUGUAGAUCCUCGGGUUUUUAAAAGUGAUGAAUUGAAGCAUGAAAUAGAAGAUCUUUUUAAGGAGUUUGGGGAAGAUGCAACAUUUCAGUAUUUUAGAUCAUUUAGAAGAAUGAGAGUAAACUAUAGUUCUCCAAAUGCAGCUGCAAAUGCAAGGGUACAACUACACCAAGCUCACUUUGGAGAGACCGAUAUCAAUUGUUAUUUUGCACAACCUGUUACGCCAAUAGACAUGGAAGACCAACACCUCCAGCCACCAGCACUUACUAAACAGUUCCUAAUUUCACCACCUGCUUCACCACCUAUUGGUUGGGAACCCAGAGAGGAAAGCGAACCUUUAGUUAAUCAUGAUUUAUUAGCAGCUAUAGCAAACUUAUCUGCAGGAGGUAGUCACGAGUUGCAUCCUGGAGGUUCUGGACAACCAGGCAUUGUUGUUCACGUUUGUGAGACGGCAAAUCCUGUGAAAAAUGCUCCACGUAUACAACAUACACGUUGCCCAGAACAUUCGUAAGCAGCUCCGCUAGAAAUAUUGUCCAUUCUAUGACAAUGAGUUAUUUAUCCAUCCAAGAAGCAGUUAGAUGCAUUACAGACAGUGGCAUUCAACACUCUAAAGUUUUAAUUGCUAUAUUGCAAAAUUGACAUUUCUUGUGGCAUUAGUGUCAUAUGAAAUGAUUUGUAAAUGUUUUUUGCUCAGGCCAAUACAGUGAGUAUUUCAUAAAAAUAAUGGAGAUAGAAUAUAAAAUCUACUCUGAUACAUUGUCACAAAAAUAAUCUCUGUUUUCAGAUAAAUAAUAUUAUUUUUUGCUAAUAAUGCAAACAAAAAUAUAUAUCAUAAAAAAACGUGAUAUAAUGAAAUAGCUUAAAAAUCAUUGAAUAAUUACUAACGUACAAAUAAAUCAUUAGACAGAAAUACUGCACAUAUUAUUUCCGAAUAACUUUACAGUUGUUCUUAAGUUCUUUUUCUUCGAAAAAAACAAAUAAAAGUAUUAGAAGCUUAUUUAUCAUUGUAAAAUCUAAUAAAAUUAACAUUAAUGUGUCAAGAAUAAAAAGUAUUAAAAUUAGCGAUAUCAAAGUUGUACAUUGAAUUAUUGAUGUUGUAUUCUCACAGAAGAUACAUAAAAUUUAAGGAUUUAGAAAAUAUCAAAUUAAUUAUUUCGAAAUGUGCAAAUAAAUUAGCUCGAAGGAUACAAAAUGGACGUGUGUGCAAUGAGUUUAAUAAGGGCAAUUAUAAACAUUGAUGUAUAUUUAAUGUACAUACAUGUGACUGUGAGUGUAUAUCAUGUGAACGCAUGAAAAUUGGUGUUACCAAGGUUAUUCUUUAUUAGUUUUUAAUUAAUCUGUACUAAAAUCGAAACGAUAAAUACUUUUUUCCUCUAAAGAAUGUUAACAAUUUUGAACUAUGAAUAAUUGAUAAAGGAAUUAUAAAUAGCGUUGUUUCACUUAAAGAACAACUCAAUGCAAUUAAAAAUAUACAUAUUACUCGCGAUAUGUCAGUGUUACUGUUUUAUCACAACAGUAAUGAGUAUGUAUAUGUAUAUAUAAAUGUAUAUAUUGUUCCCACUCAUAUGAAAUAUCUAUAUUUCAUGUUGGUGUAAAAUUUAAUCUACUAUAAAGCUGUUAAAAAUUUAUAACUAUGUUAUAGUAAAUUACUUUUGUGUGAAUAAAUACGUUACCAGAAAUUUAAUUUUUGUAAGUGAAUCUCAUGUAUACAAACUGAAAAGAUUUCAGAACAUUUUUGUUAAAUUAUUUAGUUUAAAUUACUCUGUAUUAAAUGAAAUGUUUUAAAAAAAA